AUGGCUCCAAAGACUGGGUUCAAAAUCCCUCAACCUUGGGACACAAGUAGACCUAUACUUGAUGAAAAGGAUCCCCUGUCGAUUGAGGCAUAUUUGCGUCACUGCGCGCAGAUCGUAGAGGAUGGAGGCAUCACAGAUGUCAAACAAGCAAAAAGCAUGUACAUUCGUUAUUUGCCGUCGCGGCAAGUGAUGGACGUAUGGGAAGGUCUCGAUACCUAUUCCGACGACACAAAAACUGUCGUGGAGUUCGAGGCCGAAAUAUUAAAAGGAUACCCUGAGGUGUCCAAGCGAAAAACGGGGACCAUGGCGGAUCUAGAUAGACUCUGUCGCGAGAACCGUGGAAUCAAAAUCACGGAUGAGGGAGAUUUGAAGCGUUUUGGCCUUCAAAUGUAUAGUCACUACAAGCGACUGUCAGUCCCUCCUGCCAUUAUUACCAACAAAGUCGCGUGUGAACGCUACAUGCGUACUUUGGACUCUGAGUUCAGUACCGUCUUGCGGAAUGCUUUGGCUACGAGUCAAGUAUUCAAUAAGCGCUACCAAACUCGCGCCGGGAUAGCAAACGCUAAUGUCCCCGCGACUGGAGUCAACCGGCAGGACGACCCCAUCCAGCUGAAAGAGCUAAUGACAAUGGCGGGCGUCCGCUUCGACUAUGAGACCAGUCCACCCAACCAUGCUAAGGUUGAGGAGUUGGAAAACUCGAUUUCCAACUUGAAGGACUCAUUCCUUCUACACCAAAAAGAGCUACAGACUCAGUUGCAGGAAGCGCUGAAGACGUUCGUACAGACGGCUCGCGAAGCGCCUAUACAGCGGUCGCGGCCAGUAGGCAACAACCCUUCUGUGCCCCACUUUGAAAGUCGCGCACAAGGAGGAGCUGCCGCACGGAACGACGACUGUUGCUAUUGUGGACAAACUGGUCACUGGUCGAACGAGUGCCUGCUCAAGAGGUCUCACAUUGAGAAAAACCUUCUCAAAGUCGACACCAAAGGGAUGUGGAGGCUCUUCGACGACAGCUUCUUACCAAAUGGAGAAGGGACUCAGGGGCAACGAGUAGAGGCUUAUUGGAAGAAGAAGGGCAAGUCCGUCAACUUCCAAGACUCCUACUACUUGGAUCAGUUCGAUAGCCGCGACAAUGAUGAUAUGUCCGACUACCCUGAAGAAGUGGCAGAUGAGAUACGCUCCCUUCGAAGUCAACUCAUCCAAUAUGAGAAGAAGUCGUCGCGGCCAACCCCAGAGAGUCGCGCUGAGCCAAAGACUCAAAGAGCUGCAUCUGGUUCAACCAGCAAUGCAAUGGAAAGUGUCAUGGGCCAAUUCAUGCAGAAAGCCAUGACCGACGCCAUGGCCGGCUACUUCAACAACAUGAACAGUGGUUAUCCUCAGACUCAGGAGCAGUUCAUUCAAACCCGUCGUGGUGCGAAUAGCCAACCUGAGCGCGACGAUAACAACUCGGCCAAGCCCUCUGAGGACCAUGAUAAACGAGCUGAGCAACGAGAGAAACCGAGGAAACCUGUGAUUAUUGAGGAAGUUAGUGAUAGCGACGAUGAUGAGGAAUCAGUGCGCGACAACACCGAAAAGAGAAAGGAACUACCGUUUGAGAAAGUCAAGCCCGUUCUACAAGAACCAGUACAUUCUUCAAAAGCGCGCGUUCCAGAUAAAUACCAGUUGCGUGCACCAAUUCAAAAGAAGGCUGUGGCAGAAGCAGUCUACGACAAAAUGAAAAACGCGUCAGUCGACGUCACUGUGGGUGAACUCCUAGCAGUUUCGGGGACUGUCCGCGACUCCAUUCUGAAGGACUCUUCGAAGAAACGAGUACCGGUUCAGAAGUCCAUGCUUCAAGAAACUGGUCGCGUCGUUGAAGACGUUUGGGAUGGAGAACUGAGCUACAACCUAGUCAGUGCUAAGGAAUUGCCCGAACCUGUGUUCUAUCAUAACACAGUUGAAGGAGAAAUUCCCAUUGGCGCAGUUGUCGCGACGGAUCCAUAUGAGAUGUACUUGGAGUCGAUACCCUCUAAUGAGAACCCAAGACAUGUCUAUGUUGGUGAUUCGUCGGCUGCUCUCAGAACGAUAAACGGACGGAUUAACGCGCGUCUCGACGCGGACUGCAUCCUAGACAGUGGAUCUCAGAUUGUAUCGAUGGCUUUCUCAGAGGCCGUCGACGCACAAUUGAGCUGGGACCCAAAAGUUGUCAUCUAUAUGGAAAGUGCAAAUGGAUCUAUCUCUAAGUCACUGGGAUUAGCGAGAAAUGUACCCUUCAGGUUUGGGACCAUCCUGGUCUACCUGCAGGUGCACAUUUUGGAAAGCCCAGCUUACAAGGUGUUACUCGGCAGACCGUUUGAUAUCGCGACAGAAAGCAAUAUCAAGAACGCGGCUGAUGGCAGCCAGAUAAUCACCAUGCGCGAUCCCAAUUUAAAAACACGUUGUGCAAUGGCUACGCAGCCACGUCGUGCAGACGACUUGCCGCGUAACACCAAAAACAACAACGGAUCUACCGAGCCCUACAGUUCGUCGAAACCGACGACCAGUCCAGACGAACCGAACCCUGAACGGGAUUUUCAAAGAGCUUCGAGGAAUUGA